GAUAUGAAAUUUCGCAAAAAUUAAAAUACAAUUUAUAAUGUAAUACUCUUUGGUUUUAUUUGAAGGGAUAUUAGUAAAACCAAAUAAAACGUUUUCUAAGCACAAAAGAAAAGUGGGGUCAAUGUUAUCAAUUAUAAAUCUAGUCAAAUCUUUCCAAAAAACCACAUGCUUCUCAGUGAUUGCUUACACUUUACUUCACGUGCUUGCGCAUCUCAAUGACGUCACAUACACAGGACUCACAAGUCAACCUAACAUCCUGCUGACCAUAAAUAUAACAUAUUGUAACCGUUUCUUUAAACGCACAUGACCCAGGCUAACACCACACUUGCCUCAUAAAACUGGACAAACUUUACUUCUAGCUGUAAGUGUCAAUGCCCUCACUGUAAUUUAAUGCACUCACCGUGAACCAAUCAAAAGACGAACUUCUACAUACAAACAAAUCGCGUUUGGUCCAGAGCGCACACCGUAGGCAGAGUCCCCAAUGACAAACAGAUAACCUAAACGGACUCUUUAAUAAACGUUUAUUAAAGGUCUUGGUAGCGCUCAGCACGAGGAAUAAGUUUGAAUGGUAAGAAAAUACAUUCACAACCUAAACCAGCUCUUGUGAAAUGGAAUGCUUCUUGGGAAGCUGCUGGUGAAAGGCAGACUGAACUUCCGGGUUUACCUGUCACUCAAACAGCUGUUCGUCAUCUUGUGGGCGGGCCCCCGUUUGCUGUCAACAUCGAAAUUCAUGUGCAAUAAUAUAUGAACACGCAGCGCUUAAAUACUGUUUGUGUGGUGGGCCUGUUAAUUUGAAUCGUUUUUAUCAUGGACUAAAUGGAUGGACAACACCGCGCACAUGACUUGGCUAGUCAUCACGAAUCACUAUUAAGCUAACGUUACAGUAAAGAUCUGACUGCAUGCAAGACACGGGUUUCACUUUCAGAUCUUCUUAAAUUACCUGUCCGGGUCAUAAAUAGAUGACAGCAUGAGGAGCCGCAGUAAUUCAGGAGUGAGGUUGGAUGGAUUUGCCAGACUUGUCCAAGAAACAAUAUUAUGCCACCAGAAUCCAGUGACUGGUUUACUGCCAGCUAGCGAGCAGAAGAAGGAUGCCUGGGUCAGAGAUAAUGUUUACAGCAUCCUGGCAGUGUGGGGGCUCGGAAUGGCUUACCGCAAGAAUGCAGACCGUGAUGAGGACAAAGCUAAAGCCUACGAGCUUGAACAGAGUGUGGUUAAGCUAAUGCAAGGGCUGCUGCAGUGUAUGAUGAGACAGGUGACAAAGGUAGAGAAGUUCAAACACACACAGAGCACAAAGGACUGCCUGCAUGCCAAAUAUCAUACUCCUACCUGUGCCACAGUGGUUGGAGAUGAUCAGUGGGGGCACCUGCAGGUGGAUGCCACCUCGCUGUACCUGCUCACAUUGGCUCAGAUGAUCGCCUCAGGUCUGCGGAUCAUAUCUAACUUGGACGAGGUGGCGUUUAUCCAGAACCUGGUGUUCUACAUCGAGGCAGCGUACAAAGUGGCUGAUUAUGGGAUGUGGGAGAGAGGAGACAAAACCAAUCAAGGAAUUCCUGAACUGAACGGCAGCUCUGUUGGAAUGGCUAAGGCAGCUUUGGAGGCCAUUGAUGAACUUGACUUGUUUGGAGCUCACGGAGGCCCAAAAUCAGUGAUUCAUGUUCUCCCAGAUGAAGUAGAACAUUGUCAGUCUAUCUUGUGCUCCAUGCUUCCUCGAGCUUCCACUUCUAAAGAGAUAGAUGCCGGUCUGCUCUCUGUCAUCUCCUUUCCUGCGUUUGCAGUGGAGGAUGCAGAUCUGGUCAACAUCACCAAGAGUGAAAUCAUCUCCAAGUUGCAGGGACGUUACGGCUGUUGUCGAUUCAUCCGAGAUGGAUAUAGGACCCCAAAAGAGGACCCCACUCGCCUUCACUAUGAUCCAGCUGAACUGAAGCUCUUUGAGAACAUCGAAUGUGAGUGGCCAGUGUUUUGGACUUACCUUAUACUCGAUGGCAUCUUCAGUGAAGACCAUGAGCAGGUGCAGGAAUACAGAGAGGCUCUUGAUGGAGUUUUGAUCAGGGGAAAACACGGGAUUCGUCUGGUGCCUGAACUCUACGCUGUACCCGCUGACAAAGUUGAGGAGGAGUACAGGAACCCUCACUCUGUGGAGCGUGUGGUCGCUGGCCAGCUCCCACACAUGUGGGGCCAGUCUUUGUAUAUCCUGGGCCGUCUGCUGGCAGAGGGAUUUCUGGCCCCUGGAGAGAUCGAUCCUCUGAAUAGGCGAUUUUCUAAAGAAUUCAAGCCGGAUGUUGUUGUUCAAGUGAGUGUAGUGGCUGAGUCAGUGCAGAUCCAGCAGCUGCUGAAGGAUCAAGGGAUUGAGGUUCAGACCGUCUCUGAUGUUUCGCCCAUCCGGGUCAUGCCAGCACGCAUCCUGAGCCACAUUUACGUGAAACUGGGUAACUGUAAAAACCUGAAUCUGAGUGGGCGACCAUACAGGCACAUCGGUGUCUUGGGAACUUCAAAGUUUUAUGAGAUCAGAAAUGGUACUUACACAUUCACUCCACAGUUCAUCGACCAGCAUCACUUCUACUUGGCUCUUGAUAACCAGAUGAUUGUGGAGAUGUUGCGCACAGAGCUUGCUUAUCUUUCAUCCUGCUGGCGGAUGACUGGAAGACCUACCCUCACAUUCCCUAUCACACAGAGCAUGCUGGUUGAGGAUGGUGUCAGUAUUGACCCCUGUAUCCUCUCUACCAUCCGGAUGCUUCAAGAUGGCUAUAUUGCUGGUGCAAGGGUGCAGAUGGCAAACCUCUCCUCAUUCCUCAGCACCUCCUUCCACACCCAGCUCAGCUUCUUAGACGCAGACUCUGAAGAGAAUCUGCUAGAGGAAUAUGAGGAGGAGGAGGAGGAGGAAGAGAGUUUUGGGCCCUCAGGAGGUUCUGGAGACAUGUUUCACCAGUAUCUCACAGAUCUGUUGCACAGCACUGCUACCAAAUACCAUCUACCUCCCAUCCAGAGGGGGCAGCACCACGUUUUCAGUGCUGAACACACCACCAGGGACAUCCUUUCUUUCAUGGCCCAGGUUCAGGGCCACAACAUGCCCAAGGCUUCCAUGUAUCUGCCCGUUGCCCCCAUCAUGAGCAAACACAGGAAGUCUCUGAACCUGCUGGAUGUUCCUCAGCACAGUGUUUCUAAUCCCACCAAGGCCGAUAGCGUUGACCUGCACUUGCCACAUGAUUCUCAUGGGAACACAGACUUUGCCUUUCUGGUCAAUCAGCUAAAGCAUUGUCCAUCUCUCCAGGACCAGGCAGAUAUCCUCUAUAUCCUCCAUGCUAUGAAGGGUCCGGAUUGGGCAGUAAAUCUGUCAGGAGAAGGUGAGGCGACUGUUCGCUCCCUGCUGGACGAGCUUUAUGUUCGGGCGGGAUCGUUGAAGGAAUGGGGCCUCAUCCGCUACAUUUCAGGCAUCCUGAAGAAGAGGGUGGAAGUUCUUGCUGAGUCCUGCACAGAUCUAAUCUCCCAUCACAAACAGCUGACAGUGGGUCUUCCGCCCGAGCCCAGAGAGAAGGUCAUCACAGUUCCUCUUCCUCCCAAAGAACUGAUAAGCUUGAUUUAUGAGGCCAGUGGACAGGACAUUAGCAUUGCUGUCCUCACACAGGAGAUCAUGGUGUAUCUGGCCAUGUAUGUGCGCUCUCAGCCGUCUCUGUUUGGAGACAUGCUGCGUCUGCGCAUCGGCCUCAUCAUUCAAGUAAUGGCUACAGAACUUGCUCGCAGUUUACACUGCUCAGGUGAGGAAGCGUCAGAGAGCCUGAUGAGCCUUAGUCCUUUUGACAUGAAGAAUCUCUUACAUCACAUCCUGAGCGGGAAAGAGUUUGGUGUAGAGAGGAGCAUGCGUCCGAUUCAGUCUUCAGCAACCAGUCUCACCAUCUCCAUCCGUGAGCUUGGACACACGGGGGCCACCAAGACAGAGCGCACGGGCAUCAGAAAGCUCAAGACUGAAAUCAAACAGAUAUUUACAAGCAGUCAUUCCAUCAGCAGUAAUUUCACAUCCCCUCGUUCCACGCGAUGCAGCAGCCCCUCAACUCCAAGCGGGAUCCUGUCUCCGACCGGUGCAGAUGACCCCCACCUGCAGUGGGAGGAACGCCAGGGCCAGUGGCUGAGGAGACGCAGACUGGAUGGGGCCAUAAACAGGGUGCCUAUGGGCUUCUACCAGAAGGUCUGGAAGAUUCUCCAGAAAUGUCAUGGGCUCUCCAUUGCCGGAUAUGUCUUGCCUUCCUCCACCACCCGUGAGAUGACAGAAGGAGAGAUCAAGUUCGCAGUUCAUGUGGAGUCUGUACUGAAUCAUGUCCCACAGCCUGAGUACAGACAGCUGCUGGUGGAGGCCAUUAUGGUGUUGACCCUUGUAGCUGACAUGGAGCUUCCCAGUAUUGGGGGAAUUAUUCACAUCGACCGCAUUGUCCACAUGGCCAAUGAUCUCUUUCAACAGGAUCAGAGAUCCAGCGGGGCCAAUGAGUAUUUUUUGGAAAAGGAUCCUGCCACAGGAAUCUGUAACUUCUUUUAUGACAGUGCUCCUAGCGGCAGCUAUGGCACUAUGACUUAUCUUUCAAAAGCUGUGGUCACAUAUGUUCAAGACUUCCUGCCAAGCAGCAGCUGUCAAAUGCAGUAACGACUGCAGUUCCCAGAAAACCUGCAACCUUCAGGAUGGAUCUCUGACCGGUUUUUAUUUCAUCUUAACAGUGAAAGAAUUAAAUAAAAAUUAGCUGACCUCAGUUCAGUAGCAAAGGCCAAGCAUCAACAGGGAAGCCACUAAAAAACAUUGCAUGAUAUGUUGUGAAGCAGACAGACUGCAGGAAAUGGACCACUGUGCUGUUAUGUGUUUGAAGUGUACAAUUCUAAUUUAAGAACUUUUAAAUGCAAAUAACCAGUGUUGGGUAUAGUUACUUUGGAAAGUAGUUAGUUAGGUUACAAAGUUACCAUCAAUUAAAAGUAAUCAGUUAUGAUACAGCGUUACCUAUUCAUAAAAGUAACGCGUUAGAGUACUUAUGCGUUACCAAAAAUUAAAAGCCGUUUGCAGCAGCUCACACACGACAGACACAGCCCCCGGCCCCUUUAAAUGCACCUAGAAGUCGUGACUCCCGACAAUGAAUAACGUCAGUCAUCCGUCUAAAUUAACACUGCAGAAUAACAAUAACAGGAUAGACAGUCAGCAAUCGUCUAUUCCACAUGGCGUUUUAUUUAUUUAUUAUCACAGAACAUAUUAUUAAUCAAAAUUCGCACCUAACGUUACCCAGCCCGGGUAGCCUAGGCUACUGUAUAUUAUUUAUGAGCACCACAAGAUAACUCCUGAUUUUUCUUUAACUUUAAAUAAUGCAGUUAUCAAAGUACAAGUAUGCUUACUUGUAAACACAACCUUAAACAGGCUUGUAGAUUUAAAUCCAUUUAGAAAUGAUGAACAACCAGCCAGCCAACGAUCUAACAGAAAUUAACAGCUGCCUGUCAAACAAAAAUGAUAACAAACCGAAUUAAAUCCUUCACUGCCACACAGGCAAAUGACAAAUCGCUUAAUAGCCGAACUAAUUAUUAUUAAAGUGUCACUCACAGUCACAAGCCUAAAUUCGCUUUAACACAGUCCUCUUACAUUUACUCUUCAAAGUAGUGAUUAAAACGUAGUGUUAAAUUUGAGGUAGAAUUUUUGGCGGUCGACAGAAGCUUUUCACCAAAGCAGAGUGUGCAUUUUACCAUUAUGUUCUUUUCUUUUUCGUUGACAAAUUGAAAAUAAUGUGCGUACUUCCAUAAACCAAACGCUGUCCUCUCUGCUAUCUUGCCGGGAUUUCGAAAAAAAAAAAAAACCCACACACACAGGGUCAGGCGCAGGGCACAGACGCAUCACAGCCAUUGACUUUACGAUCACAGAGCUUCGGCUCCGCUGAUACAUCCGCAGGUGGCACAGUAGACCUAGGCCUACUGUCUGACAAAAAGCAGGCUGCAGUCGAGAUUUUCCUUUCCUUAAAAUAACGGAUUACUUUUUUAAAAAAAUAACGAAGUUACUGAUUACUUACGCACGAAACUAACGCGUUAAGUUACACAUUUCAGGAAAAAAGUAAUUAGAGUUACUUAACGCGUUACCCACAACACUGCAAAUAACUGAUAUAAUAUUAUAUAUUUAACAGAAAUUCAUAAUUUUAAUGAACUUUUUUGGUUUAAAUUUAAAUAAUUUCUAAAUUUAUGUUCAUAGAAAUAUUUUAUUUCAUUUAAAUUGGUGCAUAAAUUGUGUGUCCAUAGGGCACUGAUAGGCUGAUCUCUACUGUGUCUCUAGUUAAACAAAACACUGUUAUUACUGUAAGCUUUAGGACUUAAAGGGGUCAUCGGAUGCUACAUGCACUUUUACAAGUUGUUUGAACUGAAAUGUGUAUUGGCAGUGUGUGUACAAAAUCACCGUAGAAUGAUAAAAAAACCACCCAGUGUUUUUUUUUUUCUACUAAAAUAUUUACCCCUCUCUGAAAUUGAGCCGAUCUCAGGUGCCUGUCUUUGUGACAUCACACAGACAGGCCCCUCCUACACUAGUUUGAUUGACUUACCUAAGAACCGCCCUGAGUGAGCUGUCAUCUGUACGCCAUUGUUUCACCGCCGGAGCAGAUGUAGACAAGAAUGUCUCCGAUUGAGCGAUUGAGGUGUUCUGUUGUUGAAUGUAUUAAUAAACAUAGCAGUCGUCAUUUACUCCCAACAUCUGAGCCGCAGUGGAUUAACAUUACAUUUGUUUCUGAAGGGAAUGCGCCUAAAUGCAUAUAUGUUUGCGGGAAUUAUUCGUCAUCCAGCUUCACCAACAGAAGAGUGUGUAUAGGUCUUUGCAAAUUGCCUUUGCUAAUAAUGUGCUAAUUAGCAAGUUUCACAACUGCUAAAGUAAACAGUCCCUCAGAGAGUAGCUCGGAAGAGAGGGGCGGGGUCAGCAGAGCUUAUUAACAUUUAAAGGAAAAUGCUACAAAACAGCUUGCUCUGAAAAUAACUAUUUUGACAUGGUAAAAUAGGGUGUUUUUUACACUACCAUUCAGAAAUUUUAACCAAACUAUGUUACAGAAUUUUCAUUAAGACCCUAAAGAAUCAUAUCAACUUGUGGAAAAUGGGCAUCCGAUGACCCCUGUAACUGUAUCCUAUAACUUGUUAUUACAGUAUAAAAUUACUCUGAGUGGUGUUCUUUUUAUUCAACAAAACAUACAGUACAAAAUGUAAUGCCUCUAAAAAUCAUGUAAAAAUGGUCUGAUCUUAGCAUGCAAACAUGCAGCUUUCUAUAACUCAUGGCAAAGCCAAGCAUGAUUGUGAUAUAGAUCUAUAGAUUGUGAUAUUUUGCACUGGUAACCUGGCAAAUUAUGUAUUUGAAUAAUUGUUUAGUGAUUUGUUUAGGUUAAAAUCAGAAUUGGAUUUUAUUCAUUUCAUAGGGGUCAGUUAAAAAAAAUCAUGAGAAUGUAGCUUGGCUAAAUACAUUUGUUUUAGUCAAGAAAAAUGUUUUAAGUUUUGUUGUAGGUUUCAAUCUAUGACAUUUGAAGAGCAAAAUAGCAUUUUAAAUUUUUUUCUUUAUGGACAUUGAUAGUAGAGAUGUGAUCUUUGAGUUCUGGUUCUUUAUUUUUUCAUGUCCUGUUGUUUCUCAGUGUGUUAAAAAAGAAUUACCACUUUUGAAUGACGUACUGUAUUUUAGCAUACAUUAAGCAUUUGUAUGACCACAGACAAAUAAAAUCGUAUUUUGUUACAUCUAAUUAAUCAUUACUUUUUAUAGCUGUAUAGAAACUUAAAUCUUCAUGUUUUAAGGCAGACUGAUCCAAGAAAGCCGUGGUAGCUUGACAGCUCUAUGAAGAGUCUGAGUCAGAAAUUGUAAUUAGAAUUAAAAAUUUUAAAUAAAUAUCUUCCUGGAA